GCGGUAGCUCGGGUCAGUUAGUUCAGUCAGCAGUCAUCCACGCAUCUAUCUAUAUUCCCUUUUCUUAAAUUUGCCACUUUAAGCUUCGCGAUACCGCCCCCAAUUUCAGCGUCGGAACGGAGCCGCCAGGCCGGGACAGAGACGGAGAGAGAGGCCACGGCCAUGGAACCGCUCGGACCCGGCCCGCCUGCCCCUCCUUCUCUGUUCCAGCCUCCGCGGCGUCCCGGCCUUGGCACGGUGGGGAAACCCAUCCGGCUCCUUGCCAACCACUUCCAGGUGCAGAUUCCCAAGAUUGAUGUCUAUCACUAUGAUAUCGACAUCAAGCCUGAGAAACGGCCUCGGAGGGUCAACAGGGAAGUGGUGGACACCAUGGUGCGGCACUUCAAGAUGCAGAUCUUUGGAGACCGACAGCCUGGCUACGACGGGAAAAGGAACAUGUACACAGCACAUCCACUGCCAAUUGGGAGAGAUAGGGUGGAUCUGGAGGUGACUCUGCCGGGUGAGGGGAAAGAUCAGACAUUCAAGGUGUCUUUACAGUGGGUGUCUGUGGUCAGUCUUCAGAUGCUGCUGGAAGCCCUGUCGGGUCACCUUAACGAGGUCCCCGAAGAUUCGGUUCAGGCUCUGGAUGUCAUCACACGGCACCUGCCUUCCAUGAGGUAUACUCCUGUGGGGCGUUCGUUUUUCUCCCCUCCGGAGGGCUAUUAUCAUCCUCUGGGGGGAGGCAGGGAGGUGUGGUUUGGUUUCCAUCAGUCUGUCCGUCCUGCCAUGUGGAACAUGAUGCUCAACAUUGACGUGUCAGCAACAGCUUUCUACCGCGCUCAGCCUGUGAUCGAGUUCAUGUGCGAAGUGCUAGAUAUACAGAACAUUAACGAACAGACCAAACCACUGACUGACUCGCAGCGUGUCAAAUUCACCAAGGAAAUAAGAGGCUUGAAAGUUGAGGUUACACACUGUGGUCAAAUGAAGAGGAAGUACCGUGUGUGCAAUGUGACACGUCGACCUGCCAGCCACCAAACGUUCCCUUUACAACUUGAGAACGGCCAAGCCAUGGAGUGCACAGUAGCUCAGUAUUUCAAGCAGAAGUACAAUCUGCAGCUUAAAUAUCCACAUUUACCCUGCCUGCAAGUGGGACAGGAACAGAAGCACACCUACCUUCCCCUGGAGGUCUGUAACAUAGUAGCGGGCCAGCGCUGUAUCAAGAAACUGACAGACAACCAGACGUCCACCAUGAUCAAAGCUACAGCUCGCUCGGCCCCCGACAGACAGGAAGAGAUCAGCAGACUGGUCAAAAGUAACAGCAUGGUCGGGGGUCCGGAUCCUUACCUUAAAGAAUUUGGCAUUGUUGUCCACAAUGACAUGACAGAAGUGACGGGUCGUGUGCUCCCUGCGCCCAUGCUGCAGUAUGGGGGCCGAGUGAGUACAGACACAGGCCGGGACUGUGGCAGGGGACUCUCUCCGCAGAAUAAAACUGUUGCCACGCCCAACCAGGGCGUGUGGGACAUGAGGGGGAAGCAGUUCUACGCCGGCAUCGAGAUCAAGGUCUGGGCUGUGGCAUGCUUCGCCCCGCAGAAACAGUGUCGAGAGGACCUGCUCAAGAGCUUCACUGACCAGCUGCGAAAGAUCUCUAAGGAUGCUGGGAUGCCCAUUCAAGGACAGCCAUGUUUCUGUAAAUACGCCCAAGGAGCUGACAGUGUGGAGCCCAUGUUCAAACACCUCAAGAUGUCUUACGUAGGUCUGCAGCUGAUUGUGGUCAUCCUGCCUGGCAAAACGCCAGUCUAUGCUGAGGUAAAGCGGGUGGGUGACACUCUCCUUGGCAUGGCAACCCAGUGUGUGCAGGUGAAGAACGUAGUGAAGACAUCCCCCCAGACCCUCUCCAACCUCUGCCUCAAGAUCAACGCCAAGCUGGGAGGCAUCAACAACGUCCUGGUGCCUCAUCAGAGGCCCUCUGUGUUCCAGCAGCCUGUCAUCUUCCUUGGUGCAGAUGUCACGCAUCCUCCAGCAGGCGAUGGGAAGAAGCCGUCCAUCGCAGCGGUGGUGGGCAGCAUGGACGGCCACCCCAGUCGAUACUGCGCCACUGUGCGAGUCCAGACGUCCAGACAAGACAUAUCCCAGUGCCCCCCGCCUCCGUCUCAUCAGGAGCAGCUCUUUAGCCAAGAAGUAAUCCAAGACUUGACCAACAUGGUGCGAGAGCUGCUCAUCCAGUUCUACAAGUCCACGCGCUUCAAGCCCACACGAAUCAUCUAUUAUCGUGGCGGUGUGUCUGAGGGACAAAUGAAACAGGUGGCGUGGCCGGAGCUGAUAGCCAUCAGGAAGGCUUGUAUCAGUCUGGAGGAGGAUUACAGGCCGGGCAUUACAUACAUUGUGGUGCAGAAACGUCACCACACCCGUCUCUUCUGCUCUGACAAAGCUGAGAGGGUGGGGAAGAGCGGUAACGUCCCAGCAGGCACCACGGUGGACAGCACCAUCACACACCCGUCCGAGUUCGACUUCUACCUUUGCAGCCAUGCGGGGAUUCAGGGAACCAGUCGUCCCUCCCACUACCACGUCCUGUGGGAUGACAACUGUUUCACUGCCGAUGAACUGCAGCUCCUCACCUACCAGCUGUGCCACACCUAUGUCCGCUGCACGCGCUCCGUCUCCAUCCCCGCACCUGCCUACUACGCCAGGCUAGUGGCUUUCCGAGCCCGCUAUCACCUGGUGGACAAAGACCAUGACAGUGCUGAAGGAAGCCACGUGUCGGGUCAGAGUAACGGCCGGGACCCCCAGGCGUUGGCCAAGGCAGUUCAGAUCCACUAUGAUACCCAGCACACCAUGUACUUCGCCUGAGCUAGCAAGCAUGUCAACCAGUCCACCCGCGGAUUCCCUUUCUUCUUUUUUCUGUCUUUUUGUAUCUCUUAUUUGCCAGUCUCUCUCUUCUUCAACAUCUCUCUCUCUCUCUCUUUGUCGUCUGUCUCUUUCUCUUCACACUCACUUUUCAUUUUCUGAAUCUGCACCAAAGCGGCUCUUGGAUGGAGGAAUCUGCUGUGUCUCAAUAUCCAGCAGGUUUUUAUUUCAAGGAACAAUCUCCAACCAGCGUUCCCAAUCGAGCCGCCUCUCAAACCAGCAAUCAAGCAUUGCAAACCCCGAGGGUUUCCAAUGCACAAAAGGAAAAAACAAAACAAAGAAAAAACAAAAACAAACCAUACACACACAUAUACUACAAGUUGAGCCAUUAUUUUGAGUUUGUUUUUGUUUUUUCUAUUUGAAUGUCUGCACUCUUGUGUUUGUAAGAUACACUGAGCAAGGGAGUGGUCUGGCACAAUGUGUGUCAGCGCAGCUCUUUAGCUCUCCCAGCUACGCAGGACUCUUAUCUACUUUUACCUCAAAGCCCCUUUGGGCAAAAUCUGUCACAAGGUCUUGGGUUUAUUGGGUGGUUGGGAGGGAACUCUACAUGAAAAGAGAUGGAGGGGAGUCGACCUUUUGAGAAUGAUAUAUAUAUAUAUAUAUAUAUAUACAUAUAUAUAUUUUUUCCUUUUUAUGAGCGUGUGUUUUAACUUUUUCUCCUUUUACGGUCUUUAACAAGCGAGGUGACCUGGGUGUCCAUGCCCAUUACUAUUUUCCUCCCAUCUUAGCGAAGAAUACGCCAGUCUGUAUGUAUUUGUGCGAGUGUGUUUGUGUGUGUGCAUCUCUGUAUAUACAUGUACUGCUGUAUGAGAGUGUUUGUGUGUGCAUGUGUGUUUCAUGGCAGGCCACUGAAUUGUAAAGGGAAAUCAAGGAGAUAACUGCUGUAAAUGCCUCAGAUUUGUUGUUUUUAUAUUCACACAUACAGUACAUAUAAGCAUAUAUUUACAUCUAUAGAGCAACUUUGAGACAUAUGACUUAAUCAGGCUUCAUAGAAGCUGGUGUGGGUUUUUGUAGCAGUCCUGGGUCACUUAUUAAUUGAAAUGCUUUGAAUUACAUUUUUAACAUGAGUGUUGGUCUGCUGGUAGUCUAUGAUUGGUGGGAUUUGCACCUUUUGGGAGCCAACUGCUCUUUUUGUGCCUCAAAACAUCGUUGAAUCCCAGAAAAAGCAACUUAUUUCAUUUCAAGUAGUAAGUGAAGUCAGGUCUGACUGUGUAGCAGUGGUAACCAUGGUCUGGCCUGUGACUGGCUCAGCAUUGGGACCUGUUGAAUGGCUGAAGGCAUUAAACACAGAGUAUGGUCUUUAUCAGCCUUGCUGUCUGUGAAAAGCAGGAUCUUAUUUUUCUUUGGACCUGAAAGAUUAUAUGAUGACACUGCUGGACGUUGCAUUUCUUCGUUUUUUUUUUUUUUUCGUUUUUUUCUUUCGUUUUUUUGUAGAAUUAGUAUCAAGGCCGGAAACCAACGUAGUUUUUUGAGGUCUCCUUUGCUAUUAUUGGCCAAUUCAUUGCACUGACCCGGGACGCUAGGCAAGCAACAGAGGGCACUCUCAAUCUCUCUUACCUUUAUGCAUUUAUACAUACGAAUCAACAAAGCAGAUUUGUAAAAGUUUAAUAUAAGAUGUUUCGUGGUUAUCUUAAAAAACUGUUGUUUAGAAUUAGUAGGUUACCAUUGAUGUUGUUGUUAUCGUUGUUGUCAAUGUUGUUACUAUUGUGAUGAAAUUUUACGGUCGGCAGCAAAGCCAGUUAUAUAGUUACUAGUGCGACUUCAGGAAUAGACUCCAGUUAUUGAGCUGCAGGUUAGGGGGUAGAGCUUUGGGUUGGAAAUUAUUUUGUAGCACUCUGGCUAACGGUGAGAAGAAGUAAGCCCCAGGAUAGGCAAAUUCAUGCUUCCUCUGUGGGUUCUGAUGCGAGUGAAAUGUAGCGGCAGAUGUGAGGUAUUGUGUAGCACUCUGACUGGUAACCAGAUCUGCCGUUGCGUAUAUCACUCCUCUGGAAUCAGUUGGUUUUGAUCAGAUAGAUGGAAACAAUCAGGGAUUGUAAUCAGAGUGAACCUAGAUUAAGGGAUUUGUUUAAAAAACGGUUUGCGUUGGGCAAUGAGUUGAAUUUUUAGACUUUUUAAAAGAUUGUUUCUAUUACUCUGUGUGUAUUUGAAGUAUACCCACCUUUAAAGUAUCUGCUAUUUGACGGUGUUUGUUUCAUAUUUUUAUGCAUUUUUAACACUGGAUUAAAUGAAUUGACAAUAAGCAUAAGCACUGCCCUUGGACCCCCCCACCCCCCCUCUGUAUGAACACUGGGCAGACUGUUACCAUGGAAACUGUAGUGACAUCAGUUAGGUGCUGUGGUGACUGUUGCACAAGUGGUGCCCCCUGGUGUUGCGAUUGGAUAAAGAAGCAGGAGAGGAAAGUUUGGAGAGACUGUCGAUGUUUACGCCUCAUCAGGAGGGACGGCUCAAUGAAAACUCUUUUGUAAUAAACCACCCGUAAAGCAGCAGGUUUACUAUGAAUGAGUUUGAGCACCUUGCUGUUGAAGGCGUGGGCGUUGGCAUCUGCCAGGAGCAGAGAAGCAGGACGUGAGGAGGGCCGGUGGGGGGGAUUUGGAGGGUGUUGUCCAGGCAUUGCAUGCAAUAAGUUUUACUCUUUGUUGAAAGGGGUCAGAUCAGUUUUUAAAAUGUGCACUAGUUUUACCAAGCCAAGUGGGCUGUGAUUGAAUAUAUUAAUCUGGCAUCUCUUAUGGGGAAUGAUUUGAUGUUUUAAAUCCUUGACGAUAUUUGAUGAUUAAACUCCAGAUAAAUGAUCACUCCCUGUUUGUAACAUGACAUUGCAAAGCAAUAUUAAGCCAGUUCUAGUUUUCAAAUGUGGAAAAGCAAAGCUAUAAUUCUACUCAUUGUGGUUGUUGGUCUCUCGCUAUUGUGUAUCUGUACUUUUAUUAUUUUUUUACUCUUUUGUUUAUUUUGUUUGCUUGUAUCAAUCAGUGGGAAUGUGCAUUUGGUGAAAUAGUUACGUAGGCUCUAGACAAUUUUCUUUAAAGUAACAAAAUGUAGACUUUGCUCACCUGCAUGCCAGAGUAUUGUCCUUUUUUAAAAAAGAAAAAAAAGAGAGAAAAAAGAAAAAGAAAAAAAGAAACUUUUUUUUCUAAUCAUAUUUAUUAUGAGAAAGAAAAAUCUAUAAACGCUUUUUUUGGGUAAAUGUUUAUCAAUUUAGUGGGACUGUUUUUAGGCUAGCAAUAUUUGUCCAGUCUCUCCAAGAUGCAUUUUAAAGAUUCCUACACAAAUGUCAGUAAUUUGGGAGGUACAAGCUGUUUUCUGAGGCGAGGGGGCCCAGCUCUUUGCGUCGUGUUCGAAUUAAAACGAGGUACUUUCUUCAAACGUGGACCCGUUAAAGACCGAACCCCUCUCCUCUUUGCCAGGUUACCGUAGCGAGCAUCCAUUUUGUCUCCUCGUUCCUGGUUUGUACCUUUGGCCACACCUCUUUGGUGGGGGCUCUCCUGUCUCCAUGGCAACUCUGCUGACCCCUCACAAAUGCACUUCCUCUUUGUGAAGGGGUCCCCAUGGCAUCAAGGGAGCAGGAUUACCUCUUUUUAACCUUUUUCAAAAAAGAUCCAUAAUUCUUUCUGUCCCCUGAUAGAGAGCAUGAAUUAUUUUUAAAUUCCUCUCACUUUGAUAUAUUGUUAUAUCUUAAAGGAUUUGUAAUUUGACAUUGUGUAUUGUGUAUUUAAAUUUUAUUUUGUUUUCCCUUUUUGGUUCCUCUUUUUUUGGGGUUUGUUAUAGCUCUACUGUUUAUUUUUUUGUUUUUGUUUCUGCUAGUGGUCUCUGAAGCUGUGUGUGAUUGUCUGAUAGCAAUAGAAUCACAGAAUUGGAACAUUCCAAUUUUGUGAAUGAACGGAACCCUCUCUGACCGGAUGUGAGAGGGCGGGGCAUGUUUUAGCCCCGCCCCCCGCAGAGGGCCAUUCACUCGCUGUUAUUGCUAUUUUGUGACAUGUUCAAAUACUUUUUUUUUUUUCCUUUGUUUUUUUUAGCCUGCAGGGAAUUCUUGUGUUAAUGUGCAAAGUAAUAAAUUGGUAUUUUAUGCCUAUAACAUA